UAUGUUAUAAAGCUUUAGUCACAACCUAGGUAUACAGGGAGAGAGUGGGUUAUGUAGUGCAGUUCAGGCCAUACAACGUUCUCUCUGAAGAGGAUUUCUGCUGUUUCCUUAAGGCAUCAGAGCAUCCUUCAACUCCUGGGUACAUCUUCAUACCACGCAAUCAUGAAGGUGGCGUCCUUCAACGUCAGAAGAUUGGGCACAAGCAAAGUGGCUGAUAAGAACGUCCUGAAAUAUCUCAUCAAGAUUGUGUCCCGCUACAGUGUCUUCUUGAUCCUAGAAGUGGUUGAUAGGACUGGCCAGGCCAUGACAACGUUCCUUAAAGAGCUGAAUGACACAAGGGCCAACAAGAAGCAUCCUUACACCAUGGUGAAGAGUACCAGACUGGGGCGCGACACCUACAAGGAACAGUUUGUCUUCCUCUACAGAAAGGACCAUGUGAAGCUGACUGACAGUUAUCAGUAUAAGGACAACCAGGUGGGAGACGAGGACGCCUUCGCUAGAGAGCCCUACAUCCUCCGCUUCACUUGUCUCAAUACAGUGCUGAAAGACCUCGUGUUGAUCCCGGUGCACACCAAGCCUGAAGACUCUGUGAAGGAAUUGGAUGAGCUGUACGACGUCGUGAAAGUAGUGAAGAGGAAGUGGAAGACUGAUAACAUCAUGAUCCUGGGCGAUUUCAAUGCGGACGGAAGUUAUGUCACCAAGAAAGGCAUGACAAAUAUCCGUAUCCGUAGUGACAAGAAGUUCCACUGGGUGAUUGGAGAUGAUGUGGACACCACAGCCAACACAAGCAACGACCACACCUACGACAGGAUUGUGAUGUACGGGGAUGACAUGUUGGAAGCGAUGGUCCCCAACUCAGCCAAGCCCUUCAACUACCACAAAGCCUUUCACUUAUCUGAAGCUAUGGCUUUGAGUAUCAGUGACCACUACCCUGUAGAGGUGGAGCUGACGACGGCUGAAACUGUACCACAGAAGAAAAAGAAAAAAGAGAUAGCGGAAGUAGAGUCUCCCAGUGUAAAUCCAGUACCACAGAAGAAAAAGAAAAAAGAGAUAGAGGAAGUAGAGUCUCCCAGUGUAAAUCCAGUACCACAGAAGAAAAAGAAAAAAAGAGAUAGAGGAAGUAGAGUCUCCCAGUGUAAAUCCAGUACCACAGAAGAAGAAAAAGAAAAAAGAGAUAGAGGAAGUAGAGUCUCCCAGUGUAAAUCCAGUACCACAGAAGAAGAAAAGAAAAAAGAGAUAGAGGAAGUAGAGUCUCCCAGUGUAAAUCCAGUACCACAGAAGAAAAAGAAAAAAGAGAUAGAGGAAGUAGAGUCUCCCAGUGUAAAUCCAGUACCACAGAAGAAGAAAAGACCCGUGAGAAAGUUAAUAGGGAAGUCAAAACAAGCCUAGAAAUGCCAAAAUGUACAUAAAUAAUUAUAUUCUAACUGUAAAUCUGUUUCUGUUUGUUUCAAAUGUUUCAAGUGAUUUACUUAAUAAAGACCUACAUGCAAUAUUCUAUGCAGGAAAUGUUAUUUUACGAUAAAACAUUUUCUAAGUAAACCAA